AUAAAUAAGUGGGAAGGGGACACGAUGCUGAGUUUUACACAUUUACCUCCUAUUUCCUUUUGUGUGUGGAUAUGUCUGUGUGCAUGUUUGAAACAGAUCUGAACAGCUUCCCAUUUCAACUCCAUAGAUACGUGACUCUCCAAGUGCUUUAUUUUGAAAACUAGGACGUAGCACUUUGCAGAAGAAAAAUCAGUCCACUUGCUAUUAUUUAUGUGAUCGCUGAUCUGCUAGAUGGAUAUAGAAAGCACCAAGAAUUAUAAUAAUUUAUGGAGUGGAGCACUGGUUUACAAACAUAUUUCUCUGCCCGAGCUUUGUGUGUUUCUUUGCGUCUCGGGGCUCGUUCUGUGCAAUGGGAACGGAGGAUAUUCAGAAUUUGAAGACAAGCCCGGCGAGCCGACUGCAUUCAUAGCUAAAAUUAAAGGAAUAAGUGAGCAGCUAUUUGUGGCAGACAGGACAUGAUCCAUCUGUUUCCAGGUCUGGCGGGGGGCCGGGCUGCGGUGGCGGCAGCGGUGGGAGAUGCCGGGGCGGCCAGCGGAGGUCCAUGUGGCGCUCUAGGUGGGAUGCCGGCGUCCUGAAGGCAGAGGCCCUGGCCCUCCUCCCCUGCGGCCUGGGCAUGGCAUUCUCCCAGUCCCACGUGAUGGCCGCUCGGCGGCACCAGCACAGCCGGCUCAUCAUCGAGGUGGACGAGUACAGCUCCAACCCCACCCAGGCCUUCACCUUCUACAACAUCAACCAGGGCCGCUUCCAGCCACCGCAUGUGCAGAUGGUGGACCCGGUGCCUCACGAUGCCCCCAAGCCUCCAGGCUACACCCGCUUCGUCUGCGUCUCUGACACCCACUCGAGGACGGACCCCAUCCAGAUGCCGUAUGGUGACGUGCUGAUCCACGCUGGGGACUUCACUGAGCUGGGGCUCCCGAGCGAGGUGAAGAAGUUCAACGAGUGGCUGGGCAGCCUGCCCUACGAGUACAAGAUCGUGAUCGCAGGCAACCACGAGCUGACCUUUGACCAGGAGUUCAUGGCCGACCUCAUCAAGCAGGACUUUUACUACUUCCCAUCCGUGUCAAAGCUGAAGCCGGAGAACUAUGAGAAUGUGCAGUCGCUGCUGACCAACUGCAUCUACCUUCAGGACUCGGAGGUCACCGUGCGGGGCUUCCGGAUCUAUGGCUCCCCAUGGCAGCCCUGGUUCUAUGGCUGGGGCUUCAACCUCCCGCGAGGCCAAGCCCUGCUGGAGAAAUGGAACCUCAUUCCCGAAGGCGUAGACAUCCUGAUAACCCAUGGACCGCCACUGGGCUUCCUGGACUGGGUCCCCAAGAAGAUGCAGCGGGUGGGCUGCGUGGAGCUGCUCAACACGGUGCAGAGGCGCGUCCAGCCGCGGCUACAUGUCUUUGGCCACAUCCACGAAGGGUAUGGUGUCAUGGCAGAUGGGACGACCACCUAUGUGAAUGCGUCCAUAUGCACUGUGAACUACCAGCCCGUGAACCCGCCCAUAGUCAUCGACCUCCCCACACCCCGGAACUCCUGACUGCUCCUCACUGCCCCUGCCCUGCCCGCCCGUGUCAGCUCCACAGGCCUGGCCCGGCCACUGUUCCUUCCAUGCUGAGUUGCCUGGACGACCCAUCUGGCUGCGGGGACUGGCCUAGCAGGCAGGUCAGGGCCUUGGAAUGACUCUUUAGCCUUCUGUCACCUGGAGUUGGGACCCUGCGCAUCCCCAUCAGGGGUUCUGUGCUCAUUUACUUUUUCUGCGUGUACAUCCUGCGUGUACCUCGUUAAAGGACCUACUAAGCUCAUGGCCCUGUCGUAUUUGGGAAAUGACUAAAUCUUCAUUCUUCUCCCUUGGGCGCCCUCCUGGUUUGGGAAGCUGUUGCUCUUGAAUGGGUUUUGGAAGUUACACAAAAUUUCCCUCUAACCACGGGUCUGUGUGGCGGCAUGCCCCUGGGUUAGGGAUGGGUGGGAGGAUUCGUGAGCUGCACACAGACAGUCCUUGCUCUCCUCCCAAGUGAGGGAGGAGACAGGCCCAAGGCGGAGGCCCUCCGAGGGAGCAUUUAGGGACAUCUCAGGAAUUCAGACCACACCUGGCCAGGCCCACAGCAGUUUGCCUGGCAUUGUUCCCCCGUUUUUCUUCCCGUAGGCAUUUUUGUUGACUUGAACAAUGACCUGAGUGUCCUAGGCAUUCACUCGGAGCCUGGAUGAUGGGGGCUGGUUCUACAGAAUGAGCCACUGGCAUGUGUGCCCAGGACCAGCGAGAGGGUUCCCAGUCAUGGGGGGAUGACGCUUGGUCCCACGGGGAACACACUGCUCUGUAGAACGCGGUAGCCUGGAUGGAGGGUUAGGCUGCAGCAGGCCUGCCAUGGACAUGAACCCAUGUCCAGGCACGCACCGACACACAUGCACGCACGCACCCCUCUUAAUUGAACCAAGUGGGUCCUGUGUUUCUCUUUUCUGCCCUGCAGUGAGGUUCUGUUCCUUGGUGUGGCUUCCCUUGCACUGUUAGGCUGUCUGGCAUGCCUGCAGCCGAGGAAGCCCAGGACCAGCCGGCCCUGUGAACAGGAGGGUGACAGGGACCGAGCGGGCCCCAGGCUCCAGCAGCCCCACCUUGGACAGCUUCUUUUUCUUCUUUGAAUUAGGACUGGAGGGGGUGGGGCCAGGGCGGUGGUGGGAACCAGUAGGGCCUAGAUGAGGGGGGCAGGCAGUCAGGCAGAAAUGGGCAAGUUCAGGGUCAGAUUCUGUCGUUAUUUAAUAUUUUGUUCAUCAUGGACUUUUUUCGCAUUUACUUUGAUUUUUCACAUUGCAUUAAAGUAGCAUUAUUUGUCCUGAUUGGUGACUUUUUUUGCACCCCCUUUACAUUGUACAUCUGAGAGAAGGGUGUCACUCCCUCACCCAGGUCCCAGCCCUGGGAACCAGCCUACCGUGAACCCUUUUGCAGAUAUAGUCUCAUUUCAUCCUCAGAUGGUCCUUCAAGGUAGGUACUUUAGUCCCAUUUUAGAGAUGAGACAAUUGAGGCCAGAGGGGUGUGGUAACUUGCCUGGGGGCUCACAGCACAAAAGGAGCAGAGGCAGGAUCUGACCCUUGUUCUCUGGCCUCACUGCCCUCACUUUGCCAUGACCCCAAGUUAUGUCCCUACAAAGCAAUGCAUGGUCCAAGGCUCUUUUUAUUGUAUUUUUAUUUUUAAGGGUCCUGUUCAAAACUGGUCUGAGCUCUGAGGAGUCCUGAACCCUAGGUGCAGCAUCCUAGCAUCCUGGGAGUCCUUUUCUGCCCACGCUGAGCUGGGCUUCUCGAGGGGUGGGGCUGCUCUCCCUGGAAGCCUAGCAGCAGCACUGUGUCGGGCUGGCUGAAGCUGAGCGCCGUGGGAUGCAGGGCUCCAGGAAUCCCAUUUGGCUGAAGGGGUUCCUGUAGCCAGGGAUGUUUAUGAGGUCUCUCUGAUGCCCCAGGCGCAGGGCAUGUGUGCGGGUGGAGAAAAGCAGGCCCUUUCAGUGCCAGCUCCACUCAAUUUCUAUGUGGACCAAGAACUAUAAACUUAAAAAAAAAUUUUUCCUAAGGUAUCUUCAGAAUAUGGUGUAUUUUUAUGUGGAAAAGAAAAGUUAUGAAGGCAGCUGUUACUUUAAGAGAAAAUUCAUUAAAAGUCCUCGAGAUAUGAAGAUGACGGCGUGCUUCUCAAUCAUUUUGGCGUAACUUGAUUGUGGCUGUAAUUUUUUUUUUUUUUUUGUCAAGCAUGUCAGACAAUAAAGUCUUUGUAAAAAGAGAA